UUUAAAAAAAUAGGAAGUGAAGUGUAGUUUACACUAAUUCCUUUGUAGUAUGAAGUACGGCUGUGUUCAGGCUAGUCGCCUAUCUGCCUUUCAUUGUAUUCCAUCGGAGUAAGAUUUGAAAACAAUAUUUGAUAAAGCAGAAAGGCACGAAUUUGUAAAUAAGGUCGCUUACAUGGCUCAUCAGUAUUUUGGAGGGAGAAAAGAGGUUUAGGAAACAAGGUUAACAAAGAACAAAGAGAACGUGAGACUUUUUAUAUUACCUUGCAGAUGUUUUGCUUGGACUCAGAAUUUUAGAAACACGGAUUGAGAUUUUGAAAGCUUAACAUGUCCUUAUUAGACGCUCGUAUCUAUCCUCCGAUCUUCACAUCCAAGUUUCAGUACUGAUCGUCUCUGAUAGAAGUCCACAGAGGCUUAGUGUCCAAAGCUCCGGGACUGCUGGUGUCGUGAGAGCAAAAUGCUGGGACAUCACCACGAAAUCGUCGAGAGCCCGUCGAAGACAGUCUACACAGACUACACAGAUUGGAACAACAAACACCCGUACCCUGUAUGGUCCACAGACCUGGAGAAAACUCCCCCGAAAUUACACACUGUGCAUAUCCCGGGAGUGCAGGCGUGGAGCGUUGAGGAAAGCCAGAUGUGGGCGGCAUCCCAAGGCCUGUGUUCUGCAAGUCAUGCUCUCGGAACUCUGAGAGCCGACGGGAGACAACUGUUGAGAACUGACGCUCUCAAGCUGCAGCGAUUUGGAGUAAAAGAAGGCAAAGAGGCGUUAUUGGCGGAAAACAAGAUUCGAAACAUAGCCUUUGCUGACAAGGACCAAGAUAGAGCACACUCUUGGUCGUUCCCUGCUUCCAUGCAUCAGGCGUUGAGAAAAGGUGAGCUCCCGUGUCCUUCUGUCUGCCCCCUGUCGAUGCUCGCCACCGAUCCCUGGAGUGACAAUAAAGUAAAGAGUCACUGGAGAGAGCAGAACUUGGAGCACUCAGUGUGGUUUGGUUAUGGAGAUGGCACUGGUGCUAAUAAAAGAUGUCUCUAUUGGUAAAUUCUGAGGAACAGCUGCUGCAGUCGCUCGAUCCCUCCUCCGGAAGAAAAUUGUGAAAAUUCUUAUAUUAUAUGAUUACAUUCUUAUAAUCGAGAGUGAUUACAAACAGAAAGAAAAGCAGUAUGCUUCGAAACCUGAAAAGGUCGGGACUGCGAAGAGAAAACCCCUCCUGUAACUAACUAUUCCUUAGAUGAGGUAGAUCGUGAAACUACGACGGGGAGCUGAAGUUGUGAUAAUGGUGAUGAGGAGCAGGAGGACGAAGCGAGAGAUAGUAAUGAAGACAGCGCUUUUUCCAAGAGAAAGAAUAAGAAAUUUAAGAAGAAAACACAAGACAAUAAGGGCAGCUGGCUCAUGUACUGCGGUGUGAUCCUUUUAAAGGGAUGGCAAGGUAAAUAAGCCUAAUCCGAGGUCUCGUUGGACGAUUUAAGUGUUUGCUUCAAUCAAAGAAAGCGACUGACUUCAAACCGGUCAUUGUUAAACCUAGUUUACCACAGUAUAUGACAAUCUAGCUUGUGAAAGAGGAAAAAAAUUUAGAACAAAGGUAAUCACAAUAAAUUUGCAAGAGCCCCUAAAAGGAAAAAUAGAAAGGAAAACGUAGCUUGCUGAAAAAGAAAGAGACAAAGAAAGAAGAAGGGGAAGAAAACAUCCUGUUUUAAUGUAUGCAAAAUGUAAACCUUAAAAACCGGAGCAGGCAAAAAUGGUCUAAAUCUCGGGAAAGUUGCAGAGUGAAGCAUGAAAAAUCGUGGAAACAGCGCAGUCGGGCUAUGGAACGAUUACUCAGUUGGUUUCGUGCCAUCAAGUCACGGUCCAGAAAGAAAUCGCCAACGAAGGGAGGUGGCAAUCUUCACGGCAAAGAUAAAGAUGGCAGCAGUCGUGGCAACCCAGAGACAAAACAGGAUUCGAAGCUGGAAAAUAAAAGAAGUAAGAAAGAAACAGAAAACACAUUGUCCGAUAAACCUGUAUAGUUAUAAGGUAGAGAUGGGUAAAGAAGGAGAAAAGGAUAAAACUAGUAAAUAUAACGAAAAGAAGAUAC